AUGUUUAAUUAUCGAUAUUUUCUUCAAUGUAAUAUUUCCUUAUUAAAAUCAAUUCGAUUAAUAAAUAAUUGUUCAAAACAAUCAUCAGCAUUUCCAUAUUUACCAACAAAUAAAUUACCAUCAAAACCAAACAGAAAGAAAGGUAUUACAGAAAUUCGUGGACCUUAUUAUUUUCCAGUAACACAAACUUAUCUUGAUGAAUUAUUACAAGAUUGGGGAGAAUAUGUUGACGGAAUUAAAUUUGCUGGUGGAUCAUUUUCUUUAAUGCCUGAAAAUCGUUUACGUGGUUUAAUUGAUAUUGCACAUAAACAUAAUUGUUAUGUUAGUACAGGUGGUUAUAUUGAAAGAGUAUUAGCUUCAUCAGCUGGAAAUAAACAAAUAAUUAAACAAUAUUUAAAAACAUGUAAAGAUUUAGGUUUUGAUGUUUUAGAAAUUAGUUCAGGUUUUUUAAGUCUUCCUGCUGAUGAUUGGACUGAACUUGUUAAAUUAGUUUUAUCAUAUGAUUUAAAAGCUAAACCAGAAGUUGGUAUUCAAUGGGGUGCAGGUGGUGAUGCAUCGAUUGAAGAACUUGAAAAUGCUGGAACACGUGAUCCAAAAUGGUUAAUUGAUCGUGCUAAAAGAUUUCUUGAUGCUGGUGCAUAUAUGAUAAUGAUUGAAUCAGAAGGUAUUACAGAAAAUGUUAAAUCAUGGAGAACAGAUGUUAUAUCAUCAAUUACAUCAAAUUUACCACAAGAUAAAAUUAUGUUUGAAGCAGCUGAUCCUGAAGUAUUUGCAUAUCAUAUUCAAAAUAGUGGUGCACAUGCAAAUUUAUUUAUUGAUCAUAGUCAAAUUGUACAAUUGGCUUGUCUUAGAAAAGGAAUUUGGGGAACAGAUAAAACAUUUGGAAGAAUUGUUACUUUUCAAGACUAA